AGUGCGGUCUUGGAUCAGGGUAUGGGGGAACAUGUUUUUAUGUUAGGACUAAAUGUGUUUCAAUACUUGCCAUCGGUUGAUAUUGUUCGUUGUGUUUGAGUUUAUGGGGUGCAGCACCACCAAAAUAAGGGCCUGGGUCUCAUUUGUUGCAAUUCAUGGUCAUGGGCAUUGAAAAUUGGGUAUUUCUGGGAAUGAAACUGAUUGGUUGGGGUUGAAAUUAAUUGUGUCUAACUGGGAAUGCUAGCCAUUUUCAUGAUGAACUUGCAAAGAUCCAAGAUGUUCAUAUGCCUUGAUAAAGAGCCUGAGAACCACACUCUCAUCAACCAUUACUGUGAUGGUACUUCUAACUUGUUAUCAAUCAAAAGAAGUAUACAAGAAAGAGAAGUACAAGGGCUGAGUCUAUGGAAAGAAGUUCAGUGUGGUGAAAUAGUACCAAAUGUACCUUUACAGAAGCUGACAUUGUGUUGGAAGCUGAUGUGUAAUGGUGAAUGUCGCGCUUUAUAAUUUAGUGCAUGGAAAGGCAUAUUUCUGUUCUUCCUGCUUACUGAUAGAUUUUAGCAGGUGUUUUGCUGCUAUAUGGACUAUUCUUAUGAGGAUUGAUGGUUUAGUUGGGUUUGCAUUUUCAGCUCUUCCCCUUGGGUUUUGAAAUAGGUUUGAGUUGGACUGUUUUAUAGUAACCAAUAUGAGAUUGUGCUUUUCAGACUUGUUAUGGUGGAUGAUAAAUGCAUGGAGAUUUGGGAACUUCUGUUAGCAAGUCACUUUCUUGCUUCUAGUGAACUUCUGUAGGUUUUGGUUUUUAUCAUAUUUCUGACGAGUGGUGAGUUGGUACAGAACUUCAGAUCUUUAAAAUCUUUGGUUAUUGUUUUUCUUAACAAUCCCUAUCCUUUCACACUUCUAUUUUUUCUAAGUUAUAGAGGCAUAGUCAAUGGCAAACAGUAACAAUGAAUUACUCUUCUUGGAUUGCCCUUGCCAUAUGGCUCCACCACACUUUCUCAUCUGAGCAACUGUUUUCUCUGGUUGGUGGAAAUCUUUGACGCUGGUGUUGUGUUUAGGUCAAAUUUGGGGGUGUUUACAAGAUGCUGAGGUGGUGAUUAAAAAGAAGCAGACCAAGUUGAUAGUGGGUAAACUAUUGAGUUAUUUGGAUGCUUUUUGGUUUUGUUCCUUUGGGGUUCACUCAAUUGCUGUUGCUGCUCUUUUUGGCUGGCAUGUUUCGACUGUGAGGUUUUGGAACAAGGUUUAUUGGAGGUGUUGCUUUAUCUGCUGGGUUAGUUUUAGGCACAUAUCCAUCUUCUCUAUCUGCAGGCAGUAGAUUUGGAUGAAGUUUGCUUCCUUAUAACUGCUACGGUGCUGUAUUAAGUUGUGGUUGCACCAGAUCCAUGAAUUUUAGCAUUGGUUUUCGUAUGUUUAGGUCCAAAAGUAUAAAUUAUGUAAUGGUGCACAGGGUAAUGGACGUGGCUUCGUAGAUAGAAAUACUGGACUUGUUUUCUUUUUGAAGACCAUGAGCAGUUUCCGUAUGUGGUGGGUACAAGUAAACACUGUUUGGCUUGUCAUGCUUUAGUUAUAUUCACUGGUGAUAUGGACCACUUGUUUGGGAAGUGGCAACAAGCGCAGAUAUCAUCUGAACUUCUUACUCUUUCACAUAUUUUUGCUUUCUGCUACAUAUGGCAAGAAGAUGCCUCAAGUGAUGGAUAUACAAUUCGUGCAGGUUCUGGUUCUCCUGUAUGCCACAGAGAUGCAGGUCAUCGUUACAGUCCUAAUUUUAAUCAUUCAGGUGGUCUGCCACGCAGCCGGGAAUUUGGCAGCGGGAGGGAUCCUGGCAGAUAUAGAGACUCUUCACCGCCUUAUGGCCGAGGAAGGGGUGGUGGUAGGCCAUUUGGUAGGGCUUUUGAUGGGCCUGGGCUUGGCCCUGGGACAUUCAGAGGUGAAGGCAUGAGUAGAAAUAAUCCAAAUGUGCGUCAAAGAGAAGGAGAUUGGAUUUGCCCAGAUCUUUUGUGUGGGAACCUGAAUUUUGCAAGGCGAGAGUACUGUAACAGCUGCAAAAGGCUUCGCCAUGGGCCUGGGGGUAGUCCUCGGAGAGGCUAUCCUGGCCCACCUCCUCCACAUGCUCCUCCACCAAGACGCUUCCCUGGCUCUCCACUGGAGCGUUCUCCAGGCAGGAGCAUGAAUGGGUAUAGGUCACCGCCGCCGCUGCCGCCUCGUGCUUGGGCUAGGGAGGGCCCUAGGGAGUUUGGCGCUGGUGGUCUGCCACCUCCCAGGCUCGAAGGUAGGUUUUCUGAUCACCACAUGCGGAGAGAUAGGCUGGACUAUCCAGAAAAUGACUACAGGGGAAGAAACAAGUUUGACAGGCCAAUGCCAAUGGACUGGGGCCAUAGGGACCGAGGAAGGAAUGUCUUCUUCAAUGAAAGGAAAGGAUUUGAGAGGAGGCCACCGUCUCCACCUCCACCAGCAGCACCAUUUCACCGCUGGGCUCGUGAUGUUAGAGGGAGGAGCCGCUCUCCAAUAAGGGGCAGCCCGCCACCAAAAGACUAUCACCGGGAUAUGUACAUGGAUCAAGGACGAGGUGAUCGGCGUGCCGUGGGGCGAGACAGAAUUGGAGAUGCAUAUUAGCGGGGUGCCAGGGAAUAAAGUUUGCAUGCAUAAUUUUGGUUCUAGUAGUCGAUCUUUACGUGUUUGUUAACAGAGGAAGGAUAGUCAAUCAGGACUAAAGUUGGUGUUUUCUUUUUCCGACCUUGGUAAAAUGUUUUGACUUUAAAUAGGUAAAAAAAAACUCGUUUUUACAA